CAAUUAUUUGAACCAUUCUUGAAGGUUUGGCGCUAUUUCAGACAUCAUUCGUUACGCGCGUCUUAACGUGACUCGUCAAACGCCCGUACAUAAUUGUAAUCGUUCUUCAUAUAUUUAACUCGUAGGCGCAGUUUGCCACCUAACUGAACAACAUUAUUUGCUGAUAGUAAUGAAGUGAUGUCGACACCUGUUUUAUUAGGAUUGGGUAUGAUAGCUGUAGGAGUUGCUGGACGUUAUAUAACACGGAAUACGAAUAUUGGUAGUAUACAAAAGCUUUUCAGUAUAUCUGGACUAAAUGGCUCCAAGUAUUAUCGUGGGGGGUUUGAACAAAAUAUGUCCCGGCGUGAAGCUGCCCUAAUUCUUGGAGUGAGUCAACAGUCAAGUAGAAAUAAAAUUAGGGAUGCUCAUAAGAGGAUCAUGCUUCUUAACCAUCCCGAUAAAGGCGGUUCCCCAUACUUGGCUGCUAAGAUCAAUCAGGCCAAAGAUAUACUAGAAUCCAACAAAAGUUAACCACCACUAACGAUCCCGCUGUAAUAUAUCGCCCACUAUUUUACAAUGUCAAAUACAGUUUACUUUUCAAUUGUUGAACUGUAGACUUAUAGUUACAAAAAUGUAAAUUGUUAGAUACUUAUCUUUUGAAUAAACGUUUUUUCUCAAUUAUAUUAAUUUUGAUGUGGUUCUUCUCAAACUACUCAUGCAACUCAAUGCAGUCAUGCUACGAAUUUUUAAUGAAUUCAUAAGUAGUAUUCUAAGUCAUCUAAUAUCAAAAGAAGAAAUCUUGUAUAACAGUGAGCGCUUUCUAGUUACUUUGCUGUUCGCUGGGAUUCUUCAGCAAAACGCAGUUUGUUAGUUUACUGAUUUUAGAAAUAUCAACCAUUAAAAUCAUGGUUUGUUUUGUAAGUGAUGAAAUGAUGAAAACAGAAACGGUUGCUUAUGUAGUCCUGGAGUUUGUUUGUUCGAAUAUUUAUUACGGUAGGAAUUUUAUUCUCUGAACCAACUAUUGAUGAGUUCACAUAUGCUGCUUGUAGGACCGGUAACCUAUUUACAAAAUGACUGCGACUAGUGAACAACAACAAAGAUCCCGGCCGUUAUUGGUCCUCGAUCUUUUAAUCCAAUGCCCAGUUAGAACACGGAGACAGAAAGCUGAUUAAUUCUCGAUUGUAUUCUGUUCAAUCAUUACUCGAAAUUCGCAUAAUAUACCUGGAGUACCCAAUGCACAGCAACGGAGCUAGAAAAUUACAUUGUCUGAAUAACUUAUUCAUAAGCGAUAAAAACUAGUGUUAAGGAAAUAAUUAAUGAUAAAUUUGGGAUAAUAUGACAAUGAUUUAUGGGUCAAAUGAAAGCUUAGAAAUGAAAAAAAAACACGAAAAAAAUAGUUUAAGAGCCUGCUAAUUAUUCAGUGAAAAUAUAAACAAUACUCCGUAUGACGGUCUCAAAAGCUAUACUUUCAUACUACUUGGCCAUUAUGUCAGUAAGUCCCAAUAGAUAUUUACUGCUAGGUUGAAGUCCAAAAACAAAUGUUGACCACUGGCUUAUUAUUGUUUGUGGUAAUGAAACUUCUAGGAUGCCAAAUCCUUGAUAGCUAAGGAAUACGAUUGUGAUGUAAAAUGAAUUCACAUUUUCUAUGAGGUUGGUUAAGAAUUUG